CCGUGCCGUGCCGUGCCGUGCCGUGCCGUGCCGUGCCGUGCCUGCUGGCGUAACGGGAGCGCGGCCCGAGGGAUUCUCCCUCUCCAGGCGACGAGGCGCAGUACUUAAGAAAAUGCUUCACGUCUUUUCCCCGGAGCUUGGAGAAGUUUGUUAAGUGAAUUUUGACUGACUGUCUUGCGGUGCUACUCAGGAUUUUAAUUUUUUUUCAAUUUUUACUCAGCCAAGUUGUUGGCAUAGCUCGUGGUGCUGAAAUAGUGUGUAUAUAUGUAGUUGAGAAAAUAUAAGUUGGAGUGCACUUGACAUUAUUUUGAUAGACUGUUCAAAGACCUUGAGAAAUAAAUGUACCUUAAGCUGAAAUCUCAAGAUCAAAAAUUUUGGACAGAAAACUAGAGAAAGAACAAGACUACAACAGUGUUAAACUUCUGUUUCAGACUGUGUACCAAGAAGACAGGGUGAGGAUAUAAUCUCUCUGUCAUUCCCCAACAAUUUUUCUGAAGGUUUUUGCCUCAGACUCAGGGCUUGGGCAAUUUUUUUUAACUGUUUCUUAGAAGAGCGUCCUUCAUAUAGGAGCUUUUAGCUGCAAACUAAAUUAUGCAUCCUCUGCCCAAGUCUGAAUCCCCUAACCAUUUUCUUUCGCAUAGGGAAAAGCUUUUAGCUUCUUUCAACAGUAUGGCAAAGAGCUCACAGCUUCUGUCUUCCUCCAAGCUUGAAAAGUAGGCCAAAGAGUGGAAAAGCCCUGUUGGUUUCUCCAUUAAAAUCCCCAUGUCAGAGCUCAGACAAACCACAGCAGAUUCCAUGAGGGAGAAAGACCUCAUAAAUGCCUCAACCAUGGCAAACGUUUCACUCCCAAUUUGCACCUUCUGAGAUAACCAAAAUCUCGGUUUGAUUUAGUGGACGGAUCAGUCCAGCUGCUUUAGGUGAGGUUCCCUCAGUGCUGCUUGGCUGUGUAUCACUCAGCCCCCUGGCAUUAGUGCUGUGCCUCUGAGGAGUGGAAAUAAGGGCUUCCCUGCACUGUUGCAGCCACACACGGUUGCCUGCAGGUGACACUUCCCUCAGCUCCUGCAUUGAAGAGAGUCUGGGAGUGCAUUGUUUUCUUUCCCUUUGUCCUGCUGGUCGGUGCGCAGGGAAAAUGCCAGCAGAAGGUGGAGGUCUCAGGCAGAUGGGGCCUUUAGGGUGCAUGGGUUUUUAGAGGAGAAUGGGAGGUAGAAGGUGUUUUAUUGAGGUCAUGCCAGGUGUGAGGGGGAGACAGGAACCCUGUAUCAUUCUCUGCUUAAGCCUUACUAUCAAUCAUCUAUUUAUUGCCUCUUAUUCCAGGAACAAUGUCCCUUGGAAAAAUCCCUUCCCUCCUCAGAGUCAGACUGGGUAAAAAAGUUGUAUGUACAUGUGAGGUGUUUUGAAAGGAAUGCACAAAAAUGUUACUAAGGGAGAAGAAAAAUCUCAGCUUUCACCCAGAGUUUUCCCAAGAUCUGUGGGCCUUUUGUCUGGAGCUUUAGUAUGGUGGAUUUAAUGGUAUCAAAUUAUCUUACAAGAGAUUUGAUGAUACACGUAGGGUAAUACCUUUUCUGGGUAAACUGGUUGAACAUGAAGUUUAUUCUUCCAAGCAAAGACUUGAGAUGCGUGGCCACUCCCAUUGCUGAAGUGUAUUCUUACCUGUGUUUUCAGCCUUGUGAAUCUGCUUUUCCCACAGCUCUUUUGCUGAUCUCUGCAUAUGUCUAAUAUUACAUGUACAGUGAGGUUAGGAACAAACAAGGACACAAAUGGGCUUGUGUACGCACAGCCCACAUUUAUUCUAUCUGCAUGCUGUAGCUCAGGUUCAAAACAUUCCCACUGGAUGUGGGAAGAGCUGAGGUAGUGGACUGGGCAGUAGUGCAUAUUCCUGCCAGCCUGAGUGCCCACCUAGCUAUGAGGUGUGCAGUAUGGUGCCAAGCAUGUUGGGGUUCUCCCCACCAAAGUCAGCCUAAGUACUGUGCCUCAGCUGCUAAACAGAAAACCAACUUGGAAAUGUCCCUCGCCUUUUCUACAUUGUCUUGUCCAGUGGAGCAGAAGAGGCUCAGGGUGGCAUGAGCCUCUUUUUGUGACUCUGGCAAGCUUUCACCUCUCCUGUCCCUUCAUUUCUCUUCACUCUUUACAAGGAUGUGGCCUAAGACUGACCAGCAGGGAAUGUCCAUAUGGGAGCCUGACAUCUUCUCAUUAAUCAUGUCUUCUCCAGGUUCUGAUUUUUAUUGCCUGUUCCUGCUGAUGAGCCAGAGUGCUGAGGAGGCCCACAGACCAUUCUCUGCUUCAGCUUGCUCCCCAGCUUUGUGUAGUGCAUGGAGAUGUACUAUGCAUUCCUGCCACGGAGUGAUUGAUGAUAUUUUUCUCGCAAAACUGGGUCCCCUGAUCAUCGCAGCUUGCACCUCUGUGGAGAGUGUUGCUGUACUUUGCAUGAAAUUCAGGAAGCAAGAGGAAGGAGAAAGAGAUAGAUACUCCUGGGUCUUGUCCCACUUUGUAGUCAAGUGAUAACUGUGGUGUGCUUUUCGACCCAGAAAGGGGGAAAUACUGCUGUAUGCACGCCUGCAGCCAUGGCCAAGUGACAAGAGUUUGUAUGAACUGUGCCAGAAAGGCAGAACCAAACAUUACCAGAUAAAAAAUCUGGGGGGGGGGGGGGGUGGGUAAUCCUUGGAAAGGAAUCAUCUGCUAACAGCUCUUUUUUUCCAGCCAAAUCAGCUUACAAGUGCCAAGCAGCUCCCCCCAUAACAUUUGAACCACUCUUGAGAAAGCCACGUUUGCUAUUGAGAGUGACAGUUUCUCUUUGUGUCAACCCAGAAUUAACAUGUUUAUUAAAUUGUGUGGAAACAAAACCUUAAGUGCAGGCUGGCAUCAGAUAAUGCAAAUGAAUGACAAUACUUUUUAAGGGAAAGAGUUACUGUAGCUGACUUUUUUUUAAGGUGUAGGCAAGACAAGUUUUGUAGGUAAGAAUCUUGUUUAACCAACCAAGUAGCUGAAAAAAGUAAUGUGUGAACACUGGGUUUGUUCCAACAGUACCAGCUGGGUCUAUUAUAAGAUACUAUCUCUACUUACAAAACUGGCCUUAGCACUACUGAAACAGAUCAAAGGAAAUACUUCUAAACAAAGUUUUCACAUAAUCUGAAUUUAAAUUUUAAAGUCUACUGUUAUAGUGUAUAAUCAAGGAAAAAACAGAUGUGAUCAGGGUCCACAGCAAUAUCAGACAAGAAUUUAGCAUUUAUGAAUUUUUCAUAAUUUGUAAUAAUUCAUAUUUUUUCCAAAUAAAGCCUGAUACUUCAGGCUAUACACCAGCUACUGUCUGAAGUCAGAGGGAGAUUGCUGCUCUUGAGGAGAUUAUUCCACAAAUUAUCUGCCUUUGAAAUAUUUGAGAAUUACUAGCAUGGCAAUCAGGAUAUUGGACUGCAUGCACUGACCUGCUGUGGCAACACCCAUGGGUCCCUAACUGGGCAAUUGUCUUUACUAACUAUCUGGAAGAAACCCAGUGUUGCUGCCAACCAGACUCCUAUUCAUGUGCAAGAAGAAAUUCACUUCAACUCAGUGAAGUUUUGAAUUCAAAUCAAGUCACAAAUCAGCAGUUGACCCUGAAGUGUUCUUCCUAGCACCUACAUUAAUAAUGUAUGCUAACAUUUAUAUUAAUAAUGUAUGGGGGGGGAGGUCUUAGCCCUAAGCUAGAAUUAAAAUUAGUGGGAGUACUAAAUAUAGGUCUAGUUUCCUUGUGCUGGUAUUGCUUAGCUAGAGAAUGCUCCCACUGGCAUAGGCUUUAUCUACCCGUUGCAGUGAAGGCCAACCAGGAUGUGACAUAAGCUGGAUAAAAUACUUCAUAACAAACCAUUUUCUCACGGUGGAAAAAAGCCCUGGUCACUCAAAGAAUGCUUUACUGUCAUAUACAUGUGUAUGAUACAUUCAUUGAACCCUUUCAGACCCCAGUCCAGCAUCUUUAGGAAUAAGUUAAUAGGCAGAAUUUAUAAACAUACUUUGGCUUAGUCCAGUAGGUGUGAACUGUCCUAGAUGGUUCUUUCACAGAAGCUUUUACACUGAAAACCUCACCUAUACAUUAAGGCUUCUGAUACCAGAUCAGCUGAAUCACCAGCAACAGAUUUUCAUUAUUAAAUGGUAGUUUCCCCUUGUCAGAAUCACAAAAAAGCAAAGUAUCUUCAAUGGAAUCCUAGCAGCUACCAGUGCUGAGUGCAUCAGGUGGAGGCGAAAACAAAGCACUUGGGUCACUUGCCAAUUUUAAAUCAGAGGACAAGGAUCCACUUGCCUGGCAGAUAUGUAAGUGUUUAGACACGUCUUUGUCAGGCUACCCUACUGGCAGUGAGCACUCAGUGACUCGGAUGGAUGUCUGUUCUUUUCAGAACAGAAGUACAAACUUCUACCCCUGUUUUCUGAGGGCAAAACCUGUGUAUAUGUGUAUGGUUGAAAGGGGUACAGGAAAGUACAAAACACAUAACUGAUAAAGAUGUUGAACUCAUUUGGUCCCUAAACUGAUCCCUCAGGAACACCACUUGUCGCUGCUCUCCACUUGGAUGUGAAGCCAUUGACCACAAUUCCAUGAGUGUAACCAUCCAGCCAAUUGUCCACCGAUUGGUGCCUCUCUGUCAAAUUCAUGUCUGUCCUCUUUAGACACAAGGUUUCACACAGGACAGGGGCCAAUUCUUUGCACAAGUCCAGGUGCAAAGAAUUUUGCACCUGGACUUGCUUUUCCCUCACACACCAAAGCUGUAACCCCAUCAUAGAAGGCCACCAGAUUUGUCAGGUGCCAUUUGCCCUUAGUGAAGUCAUGUUGGCUGUCACCAGUCACCUCCUUAUUUUCCAUGUGCCUUCUUAGAGUUUCUAGGGGAAUCUGCUCCAUGAUCUUGACAGACACUGAGACUGACUACCCUGGUCUGUAGUUCCUUAGGUCUUUUUUUUUUUUUUUUUCCUAAAGAUGAUAAGGGAUUGGGGUAUCUGGUAAGGGAUUGGGAGUGAAGUGGCUGGGACUGUUUAGCUUGUAGAAGAGAAGGCUUGGGGAGAACCUUAUCAAUGUGUAUAAAUAUCUCAUGGGGGAGCCAGACUCAUUUCAGUGACAGGCCCAGAUGCAAUGUGCACAAACUGUAACAGGGGAAGUUCUCUCUGAAUAUCAGGAAACAUUUUUAUACUGUGAGGUGUUUUAAGUGCUGAAUAGAUUGCCAGGAAAAGUCGUGGACUCUCCAUCCCUGUUCGUAUUUAAAACUACUGGAUGUGCUCUGGGGCAGCCUGUACUAGCUGAUCAUAUUUUGAGUAUAACACUGGACAAGGCACUCUUCAGAGGUGUCUUAAAACCUCAUCCAUGCUGAGGGACUGUGUACCGGUGCGGGCUGUGGAAAAAAGGGGCAACCUGCCAGCCAAGAAAGCUUGUUGCCACCAUGGUAUUUUCCUGUUUGCAUUGAUUUCUUUAAUGCCCAUGGAAUCCUAUGCUUCCUUUUCUCGUUUUUGCAUCCUUGCAAAUAUCUACCUCCCUAAUUUUCAUAUCACCCCAGCUUCUGCCUUUGCACUGCAAAACACACAAACUUGUGUUGAGCACCACAGCACAAUGCUGUUGACUCAGUCAGUGUGUCUAAGGCAGUCUUGUGAGAGAUCAUGCAUUCAUAUCCAUGAACAAUGCUGGCCUCUGUGCCCCACUGCCCCUGCAGUUACCUUCAGGAUGUUUUAUUGCAUCUUCUUUUAGCUAUGGUUUGUCUGUCUAGUUCUGAUUCAUCUACAUUUUUAUUUUGACUUCCCUAAUACAGAAGGUAUUUUAUUACUGAUGCCAAGCAGCUAUCAAUAAAAAUUCUAAAUAUAAUCUCUGAGAUGUUUCUGAGAACACUUUAUCAGCAAUGAGUUUAUUUGCUUAGGGAUUUUUUUUUAUCCAGGUUCUCAACAGUUGCUGAAUGAAUGCUUAGCCCUUGGCAAGUAAAAAUAACAACUGAAUGAACAAAAAAUAUAACCUUAUAUAUAAAAUACAACAUCUGAGCAAAUGAUAAAAAUCUCCCGGUCUGUCCUGGGGAUGACAGGGGAGAAGCUUCAAAGAAUCCUUAGAACUGGGUCUGAUUUGUGCCCAGUGACUGAUGCAUAACUCUGCAAGACAGGGAGAUCUGUCUGCCUCUCUGCAAUGUCUGUUCUGGUACAAAUCAGUGGGGCUUUCUGGCCCCAGCAAGUUCAGCUACAUCUGGACCAAUUCCACCUCUUGCCCCCCAGCAACCUGGAGCCAAUGAAGAGGCAGCUCCUGAAGCACUAUGCUCCAAGGAAGGUGGCAAGCAGGGGCAGGCUGAGGGCAGAGGGAUUCUGCCUCUACAGGCUUGUGUCUGCGCCUGGAGGCCUUUAUUUUUAUCCCCUAGACAAGUAAUCUGUGUAACAACUUCAGAACAGCUGUGGCUCACUUUGAACCUUCCUGCAAACAGUGCUAGUUCCCUGUUCCCCUUGGUGUAAGCACAGCCCCAUGCCACGAUCCCACUCCCUGCCGGGGUGGCAGCCCCCAGGAUCUCAGAGGUGACCACAGCAGGUCCUCUCUCACCAGCAGAGCAAGUGCUCACCAAGCAUGGGAAACCUCCCUCGGCCUGCCACGACAGAUGUGGCAGGGUAUUCCCAUGGCAUUGCACAAACUUCAUUUGGAUUUUUUUUUUUGAGCUCUUCAGCUUUGGCAAAACACUUGCUUUUCCCCUCACCAGGACUUGUGGAAAUUAUGCUUGCUGCCAGCAUGUGAAAGCAGAAAUUGUAACUGCUUCAAAAAUAAAAGUUGAUGUGAGACAACACAAAUUUACAGGAGAAAAUAUAUCUUAGUAAGUGCGAGCAAAGGAUCCGAGACUGAGCAGCUGAAGUGGAGGCAGCUGCUCAGCUUGGUGGAGGCAUCCUCUGACAGAAGGAAGAUGCUCCCCGAGCCCCAGAGAGGCCCCUCUUCUCCACGUCCCACAGCCGUUUCCUUGUGGCUCAGGUCUCCAGCCCUCUCUUUUGAAGAAGUGGUUUUACUGUGGGCAGUGACAUGCACCCUUAAGGCAACCACCUGCAGGCUCAGUUUCACUUGUGGGGCCAGGGCCCUGCAGGGCACCACCAGCCAUGACAGCGAGCUGGCCCCACGGCUCCUCCGCUGGAACUCCAUUUCAGCUCGCAGUUUUUGUUAUGACAGCAGUUGCUUUCACUUCUGCAAUGACUCAAAAUACAUCUGAGAUCACUUGUGGGUUUAUCAGCCAGAAGGAUGAAGGUUCAGAAGCACCAGAGACAUCAGUAUCUCCUAAGGUUCCUAAUAUUUUGGAAGAUCUUGGGUGUUACUUGAAUUCUCAAGGAACAGAGAAUAUCUACCAAACAAUAAAAGAUGUGGAAGUCAAUGUAUUUGAAGAUAUUGAAUUAAGAAUAACAAUGAGAAUUUCAAAUAUAAUUUCAUGCUUUUGGUUCUUUAAAAAGAGCAAAGCCUGUAAACUUUCUUUUGACUCAGAGAACAGAUAUAUUACAUCUUUGGCUUUUUCCCAAAUAAAAGAAGGACAAGCUGGAAAAUACACCCUCUUGGUCACAAGUAAAACUGGCAAUUACACAGUAGUUGUGCCUGUUCUCAUCCGAAAAAAACCAGCCAAACCCUAUUUCAAGAAAAGGGAAAAAUCAGAUUCUAUCAAGUGCAUAUCUGAGAGCUACCCCCAGCCCUCUGUGGAAUGGAUAUUCUGUGAAACGCCUGAAAAGAGUUGCCCUUAUAAAAGGCAUGAAGAAACCGGAGAAAUACAUGGCAUCCAGAUGGUGCAACAUGAAUUAUUUCAAACUUACAUAUGGUGCUGUGCAGUUAAUGUCCUGGGCAGAGAAUGCACCAGUCUCUUUACAAUAGAUUUAAAUAAAAGACAAGCAGCACCUUUACCUGAACUACUACUUAAAGUUGGGGAACCAUUGCUGAUCAGAUGCAGAGCUGUUCACCAUAAUUAUAAAUUCAGAAUACAACUAUCUUUUGAAAACAGAGAAGUUGAGCAGGGUUACUACUUUGAAGGAUUAGAAUAUCAAGCAAACUCCUCAGCAAUUCGGAUCCAGCAUGUGUUUGUUUCAGCAGCAGAAAGAAAUUUCAGUGGACACUACACCUGCUCUUCUACUGCUCAUCCGAAUCAAACUGCUCUGAUCACAGUUCUAGAAAAGGGAUUUAUAAAUAUAACUGACUCGAAAGAAGAUUUUGAAAUCGGUGAGGAAGAGUUUUGCUUUGAAGUUAACUUUAGAGCAUAUCCUCCAGUUAGAUGCAUGUGGCUAUAUUCCAAUAAAACAUUUCCAUGUAUACAAAGUUACAGUGUGGAUGGACACAGCAUUUCAUCAAAGUUCUGCAACCAUCAGCACCAGUCUGGGAUAUAUGUAUUUUAUGCUGAAAAUGAUGAUACAGUUGCAACUAAAAAAUUCACUCUGUAUGUGAGAAGAAAGCCCAAAAUAAGGAUGCAGCUGUUGUUCAAGCAGAUCUCCUGUGUUGCUGAAGGUUACCCUGCCUCAUCCUGGGUUUGGAGGAACUGUCUUGAACUGAACUCAUCCAACUGCACAGAGGAAAUCACAGAGGGGAUUCAGAACUUCUUGCCAGAGAGGAGAUCCCUGGGGUCAUGGAUUUCAAGCAGUACUUUAUAUGUAAAGGAGACAGCAACAACCUUCUCAGUGGAGUGCUGUGCAAACAAUUCAGCUGGUUCAGCCUGUGAAAAGAGUUUCAUUAACCUGUCAGUUGCAGGAGCUGUUUCUUCACCCCUGGACAAUGCUGCAUUCUAUGUCUCCGUUGGAUUUUUUCUCCUCUUGAUCGCUUUUUUAUUUGUAUUCAUUUUUCUUAAAUACAAAAAGCAAUUCAGAUAUGAAAGCCAGUGGCAAAUGAUACAGAUGAUAGGGCCAUCAGAUAAUGAAUACAUCUACGUCGACUUCAGAGAAUUUGAAUAUGAUAUAAAAUGGGAAUUUCCCAGGGAAAAUCUGGAAUUUGGACAGGUGCUUGGUUCUGGGGCCUUUGGGAAAGUAGUGACUGCCACAGCUUAUGGAAUUAACAAUGCAGGAGAUUCAGUCCAGGUGGCAGUCAAAAUGCUAAAAGAAAAACCUGAUGCUUCAGAAAAAGAUGCUCUAAUGUCUGAGCUGAAAAUGAUGACUCACAUUGGAAGCCAUGAAAAUAUUGUGAACCUACUUGGAGCUUGUACUCUGUCAGGACCAAUCUACUUGAUAUUUGAAUACUGUUGCUAUGGUGACCUUCUGAACUACUUGAGGAGCAAGAGAGAAAAGUUUCACUGGACACUGACAGAUAUUUUUGAACAACAAAACUUCAGCUUUUACCACAAUAUCCACCAGGACCAAAACUCCAGGACAGGGACUCACCUGAAGUACAGUGUGAACACAGCUCUGUGCAGAGGGGAUGAAUUUGAAACCAUGCAAAGUCAAAACAUAAACGUGACACUGGGAUCAAAUGGGAUUGUGCUGUUUUCUGAGAAAGAUCAAAUUAAGGAUGCAGGCACACAGGUGGAUGAAGAAGAGGAUUUUAAUGUGCUCACUUUUGAAGACCUUCUCUGCUUCUCUUAUCAAGUUGCCAAAGGAAUGGAAUUUCUUGAGUCCAAAUCGUGCAUUCACAGAGACCUCGCUGCCCGGAACAUACUGGUGACCCAUGGGAAAGUGGUGAAAAUAUGUGACUUUGGCCUUGCCAGAGAUGUAAUGAAUGACUCCAACUACAUUGUCAGGGGCAAUGCUCGACUGCCGGUCAAAUGGAUGGCUCCCGAAAGCUUGUUCGAGAGGACAUACACCAUGAAGAGUGAUGUCUGGUCCUAUGGAAUACUGCUCUGGGAAAUAUUCUCCUUGGGUGUAAAUCCUUACCCCGGUAUUCAGGUUGACACAAAUUUCUACAAAUUAAUACAAAGUGGAUUUAAAAUGGACCAACCAUAUUAUGCUACAAAAGACGUCUAUUGCAUGAUGCAGUCCUGUUGGGCUCUUGACUCCAGGAAAAGACCCUCUUUUUCUUACCUGGUCUCCUCUCUGGCCUGUCAGCUGGCUGAGGCAGAAGGAGCAGUUUACCAUAAUACAAAGAAAAACCUUGCUACACACCAUUCCAGCAUUAAAACUAAACCUCGUGUAAGCAGGGAUGAGGAAAUUUUGCUGUCACCAGUUGUGCUCCAGCAUGAAGACCCUCAAGUCGAAAAAUAAUCCGAGUUGUGGAUUUGAUCUCAGUAUUGUCAUAAACUGUGUAGGAUAAGUGUUUUUUAUCAGCUCUAAGAAAAGAAAUUUUUAUCAACUUCUGCACUGUUUGAGUUUCUUGUGGACCAGUCUAUAUUUACGUGACUUUUUGAGAAGAAGGUGUAAUUCAUUUGUUUGAAUUCAGCAAACAUUUGCUAUUUUUGCUGCCUCUCUCCAGCUGAAUAUCUCUUUUCCUGGUGCUAUGUAAAUAGCACCCAAUCAACAUAUUGAAUUAUAUGGUUCUUGCUACAUUGCAAGUAAAUAUGAGAGAAUCCACAGUAAUUUUAGUCAAUGUUUACAAGCAUUGACUAUGCAGCUAAAGAGAGCUGCUGUGAUUUCCAGAAGUGCUAUUCAUAUCUUCAUCUCCAGAUGUCAGGGAGUGUUGAGAAAAAAAAAAAACAAACACUGGAGUCACCAAUUUUAGAUGUCCAAAUUUUAUAGUUCCAUCAGUCUUGUUUUACAAGGAGCUCUUAAUUCAAUUGAGUGUAACUGUCUUACCCUGAACAUCUCAGUGGUUGUGAAGUAUGGGUGAUGGGUGUUCAGGUGAGCUCAUUUUAUCAAGAUUUAGUUACUCAUGUGGCCUCUACUCAGUCAGGCUACAUUCUGCAACUGCUGAUCAGAGAUAGGCACUGACAGGAGGGAUUCCUUUCUACAUAAAAUAAGCAUCUAAAGUAACCAGGAGGAGUGAUAUUUGGAGAUAACCUUCUACCUCCCUGGUCUGGAAAAUCCAGGUGGCAGUCUCCAGUUGGAAAUCUCACUUCAGCUGAGUUACAGCUAAUUCCAUUCAUGGGGCUUUGUGUGUUUUAAUAGCAAAUUAAAAAAUGUUUAAUUUUGAAGACAUUACAUUCUGUAAUUUAGGAGUGUGCUAUCAUCACUCUAAAUCCACAGAAUUCAGCCUGGGUGUAUGAACACUGCUGCACUAAAAUGAAGCUAUGCCUCUUUAACUUUCUCACGGACUCUCAGGACAAUACCUAGAGGCUUGAUGUAUUUUCAGUAUACUUUGAAAGACAGCUAUUUUCACUAUGAGGUUUAGGAAUUUCUAAAUGCAACUUUCAUCAUGACUAAUAGGAUACAUUUGUCUACAUCACAGUGGAUCAAGAUGAGAAUAUAUUGGUUAAUAGUUUUUUUCUCUUUUACAUUUUACAAGGUGCUAUGUUCAGUUAGAAUUUUUCAGAGGCGUGUCUUAUAAAAUAAUAACUGUUUGCAUAGAAUAUGAUGCUAUCACAGAAAUUGAGCUGCUCUUUACUAACACUGUCUGAAAACAAUGUUGUAAUACGGUGAUUAUGAUUUGUAUAUUUUUGUUAAUGUUAUUGAUAAUUAUCAAUGAAUCAUCAAUUAUCAAUGAAUCAGAUACAAACUGCUGAAGAGCAAUUUUGAGAUAUUUA